AUGCAGACCGUGUUGCGAGCCCGAGGCCGCGCCCUGGCCGCCGCGCGACCUUCGCGACCGUCACGCUCGUCCUCAGUGGCACUGACGGCCUCGCCGUCGUGGCUGCAGUCCGUCGGCGCACAGCGCGCAGCCCUCUCGACGUCUCCGUUCUCGUCAACGACUGGUCAGAAUUCUGAGUUUCCAGCUUCAGAAUUUGACGGAAGGAGUCGUUUGUGGGCCGGACUAGCGUUGGCUGCGGCAGCCAUGGCAUUCGUGGCGUCAGAGAAGGCUGCGGACGCGAAAGAGCCGGCGGAGGAGAAGGAGGAUCCGAAGGAGAUCGCCAAGCUCAUCAAUGAGCAAAAGGAGGAGGUCAAAGCUGCCGUCAAGCAGAAUGAGACAAAGAAACGUACUUUACGGAAGAGGAAGACCAGCGUACGAGACGGCAAGAUGGUAGUGAGCACAGCCGCCGUGCGAGGAGACCGCGCGUACAUGGAAGACACGUCGUAUGUCUCUUCUUGCAAGCGGUUUGCUGCGGUAUACGACGGCCACGGAGGCGCCGCUGUGUCGCAAUUUCUUCGCAACCAACUCUUCUCUAUGAUUUCACCGGAAUUAGCUCAACUGGAUCUACAGAUUCUAGCUGAGAAUAAAGAAGAGAACAAUGUGGCGGCAAAGUCGAGUCGACGUCAGAAAGUUGCAGAUUUGCUACGAGACACAGUGCAAAAGCUGGAUCAGGAGGUUAUUGCCAAGAACGAGUGGAAAUUUCAAGGCUCAACGGCAGUUGGAGUUCUUUUAUUCGAAGAUGUACUGUACUCUCUGAAUGUGGGAGACAGUCGCGCAGUGUUGUGUCGAGGAGGGAAUACUGUCGAUCUUACUCGAGAUCACAAGCCGAACGACCCACAAGAACGUGCCAGGAUCGAGUCAUUGGGUGGUCGUGUGCAGUGGUAUGGCUAUGUGGAUGCGCAAGGCGAGCCCAUCGAACCGUACGGAGCGUACCGGGUCAAUGGCAACCUGGCAGUGGCACGAGCUAUUGGAGACCGAGAUUCGCGGCCAUUUGUGAUCGGCGAGGCCGAGAUCCGACAGUAUGACAUUGAGUACGAUAAAGACGAGUUCAUUGUGCUCGCGUCGGACGGGCUUUGGGAUGUGUUUACCAGCAGCGAAGUGGUGGAGUUUGUGCAAGAUGUUAUGAGCGGCGAACUGGGCGGACGCGAGGCCUGGAGCAGCGGUGGCCAUAGUGACACCCGUGUGCCUAUUUUCGAGUGGUCACAGCAGUAUACCAGUGAUCGAUCGAUGAUCAAGGCGGCUCGUAGGCGACGGAAGGUGCAAAUCGCCAAUUAUCUGGUGCAGGAGGCACUUUUCCGCGCAAAAGUAUUUGUGCGUGACACAUUUGUGUCGUUCACAUUGGUAAAAAAGAUCACGCGGGUGAAUGGACGCGGCGUGCGGGACACCUAUGUCGCCAUCGAUUUUGCACCCCUUGAUGUCAGUGCGACCGCGUCUUCCACUAGCGACGACACUGGUAGCAUUCCUACUACGACAACUCCUAUCUUCCAGGUACAGAGCGACUUUGACGACUUCGACGAACAGUUGCAUCUCCAAUUCGCUCCGCCAACAGGCGACGCCCCAAUCUACGUCGCUGGCGACGUGUCGUCCACAACGACGCAGUACCGCGACGCCCCAUUCCAGUUCACUACCGCAUGUUUGAACCAAUUCGAGGAGCUCGACAGCUUCAGCCUCUACUCUGGCAAGCAGCAGUCGUCAAUGGAGCUUGACUUGACUCCGUUCUCCAAGCAAAAACAGCUUGCUGCGUCCCCCUUGUCCCCCUCUGCGGCCGUGGAGGUUCCAAUCAAGGAAGGAUGGGAUUCGUUCUUCGGCUCCGCUUUCCCGAGUUUUCCGUCCUAUUCAGACCCCGAGAAAAUUAUGUCAACACUACAGAACGCAUUGCAGCCGUUCGACUGCUCUGUACGCGUCGAGAACCAGUGGACACUCCGUGUAUCAUGGCUCUGUGUCGCGGAGGAGAUUGCGUUCUUCAUAUCGCUCUCCAAGGAACAGGGCACACAAGACAAGUACGAGGUGGCGUUCCGUCGUGAAUUUGGCGAUGAAAUGGCCUUCCACCAACUCGUCGAGUGCAUUCGCGCUCGCUGCAGCGACGUCGAUGCCCAGCCGCUGUUUUUCGCCGAGUCGACACUUGAACCGUGGCUGGAUGCCACACAGGAACUCAAAGGUCGUCGCUAUGCCAUUCGUGACACAGAGGCAGCGCAACUUAUCAAGGAAAUGAACGCUGAACUGGACGUGGACACACUCUACGAGGUGGCCAGGACGGUCAAAAACCACUGCCGGCAUCGCGGCAACCGUCGACUUUUCCUCGAAACGAACCGCUCCGGAUUCGCCCAAGCGAUCAAGUGGAUGCUUGCAGACUCGGAAGCUCUCGCGCGUUUCGCUGCGUUCAUCUUGCUGCAGUUUGCGAAGGAGUCGAGUCAUGACGAGAACGUGGAGCUCUUCUCGUCGGCAUUUGAGCGCAACUCGGUCGCGCUGUUGCUUUCCGAGCUCGAACGUCGCGAGGAAGGCAGCGCCUGCUCUCAGUUUACGCUUCCCAUGCUCGCGGAUAUUCAGCAAAGCUGGAUAUUCGCAUAA